AUGAUAACCAGUAGCAGUUGUGUCGGUACAUUUUGCCCGCGGGUCCUCAGGACGGCUGGGCUGCUGACUUUCACUCUCCGCCGGCGGCGUCUGACCACCGCCUGCUCUGUUUCAGCCACCAAGACUAAAGAGAAGGAGAAGGUGAUAGUGGUAUCUGGGCCCACCGGCUCCGGGAAGACUCGCCUCGCUCUGGAGCUCGCUAAGCGGCUCAAUGGAGAGAUUAUAAGCGCCGACUCCGUCCAGGAUACUGGGGAAAAGGGGAAGAAAAUGGGAAAAUUUAGCUUCUUUCGAACUAAGCAGCAAACUGGAAGGUAUAUCGGGGUCUUGAUAUUGGAUCUGCCAAGCCUUCGCCAGCUGAAAGACAGGCAGGAGCCUUUCAGUUUAUCUUACAUUGCCGAUUCAUAUAGCCGACCCCACUUGGUGGGAAAAGGCUUUGUUGUUGUUGUUGUUGAGGAGCCUUUCAGUUGGACAACGUCUCCCUUUGCAUUCUAUUCUCAACUGGAGGUGCCACAUCAUCUUGUUGGCAUACUGCACCCAUCUGAAGCCUUUCUAGAGAUUGCAUCUGAAGUGUAUUCCGAUUUAGAGGACCUACAGAAAAAUGACGACUGGGAUGCAGCUGUGGAGUUGGUGGUCAAGGCAGGUGACCCAAAGGCUCAACUUUUGGCUGCUAAUGACUGGUAUCGAUUAAGACGCAGCCUUGAGAUUAUUAUGUCUAGUGGAUCACCUCCAUCUGCAUUUCAAAUGCCGUAUGAUUCUUUCCGGAAACAGUGUGAUGCAAAUGACGCUAGUCCUUCAACUGAUGUUACGGAGGAAGUAAAAUCAAAGGAAUUGGACUAUGAUUUUAUUUGUUUUUUCCUCUCAAGCAAAAGAGUUGAUCUUUAUAAAUCAAUUGACUACCGAUGUGAAGAUAUGCUAUCAGGAAGUGAUGGCAUCUUGUCGGAAGCUAAUUGGCUUCUUGAUUCGGGUCUUCUUCCAAAUUCAAAUUCAGCAACCAGAGGAAUUGGUUACAGACAAGCUAUGGAGUAUCUGUUGAUGUGUAGGCAGCAAGGAGUUAGUUUUCCAAGAGAGUUCUACAAUUUUUUAUCUGAAUUUCAGAAAGCAUCUCGAAAUUUUGCAAAACGGCAGUUAACAUGGUUUCGCAACGAGCAUAUCUAUAACUGGCUUGAUGCUUCCAAACCCUUGGAAACAGUGCUCGACUUCAUUUAUGAUGCAUACCAUGAAAACACCGAAAAUUUGGUUGUGCCUGAAUCACUGAGGAUGAAGAAAGAAUUAACAAGUCAUCGAGAAGUUGCCGAACUAAAGGCUUAUCGACCUAAAAAUUGGCAUUUUAUCAGACGCGAAGAUUGUUCAGACAUUCUAGACUGGAUAAGAAAAACACAGUGCUCCAACAACAAAUCGGAACUUGAUCAUUCACUUCAUUGAGGUUCAAUCUUUGCCAAACCAACCAGUGUUACAUGAUCAUCCACUAUUCCACCUGAGUUGUGCUCAGUAUGUCUCUGUCGGAUCAGAAAAUCUCACGAAACAACUCCGGAAAGGUUAGUCUUUGAUGCUCUGGCUUAAACCGGUUGUUCAUUUCUUAAGGCUCCACCGAUGUAUCGCUGCAGCCGGCCGAGGACUACAUCGGAAUCAUUUUGUGAGAACUCAUUAUUCAACAUAUGGGAUUUCAAAGUCUUGACAUUAGCUCUCUGCAAUUGUUAAAAUAGCAUGAAAAGUUUUGAGUUUGAUUGUAAUUUUGUUCACCACUUAAAAUGUUAUAAAAUUGUAAUUUAUAGUGAUUUGGUGAAUAAAUCCACAUGAUUACUAAUCGUUUAACAAUGGACAAAGUGCAUGUGGUGUAAUAUCCUAAUGGAUAGGGUGUUGGAUUUC